UUAAAAUAUAGCGGUAACAAUUAUGAGAUCAUAUUUUAACCAGAGCCGCAGGAGGAACUCCAAGAAAUUUUCAACAGUUGGUACAAAGUCGACUUCAAAUCCACGUUGUUCCAAAAAUACGAAUGCAAAAUAUACAAGGGUCACUACCAAGGCGAGCUCGAAACCACUAAAAUCAAGCCAAAAAAAUCAAGGGAGUAAGGCAAAGAAAGCAUUCAAGAUAAGCACCAUAACAACCACCAGUAAUUAUCUGUUUGAUGGUGAAAGCAGCACCAUAACACCUGGUGGUAAGGUCAGAGGGGUUGAUUUCUACAGAAUCACCUCAAAUUACAAUAAAUCUACCCGCCUCAAAGACACUAAGGACAGGAAGAAGUACAUCUCACCCCGGAAUAAGAAGGAGAGGUCCAGGAAAUCCUCCCAUCACAAGAGCAAAGAAAGUAUUAACAGAAGGAAAAUAGGGGAUAAGCAAUAUUUUGAUUAUAUCAAGCACAAUGAAUCAUUGAAUUUUUAUGAUAAUGGCACUAACUCGAUGAUCAAGGGUUUGAACAUCUCCACGCAUGAAGCUGAUGGAAGGAACAAGUCUACCGCAAAACCACAGUACGGCACGGAGAAUAUGACAAAUGUGAUUUCACUAUUAAACCAUAAGAAGAAAAAUACUCAUCCUAAGAAGUCAAAGAGGAACACUUCGAAUCAUAUUUCAAUGAAGAAAUUGGGUUCGGUCAACAAGUCAACAUGAAAGGUCUCACACUGAAGUAAUCUGGUGUCCAACCGUGAGAAGCAGAGACCAUCAAAGCAGAAAUCUGGGUUAGAAUAUGUCAAUAAUUCUAGCUCUAGCACUGUACUCUGCGCUUCUAUUGACCCUCAUAAGGGUGAUACCUACAUGUCAAAUCAUAUAAAAAGAAUGCUGAACGGUCCACUGAACAAGAGCUCAAUUGUUUGUGGACCCAAGAAGAAAGGUAAAAUGUCCCUCUCCAAGAAGAGCAGGGAGUAUAAGAUGGGGUCUCGAGGAAAAACUACUAAAAAUUCUACUUCCAGAUAUAUUAGUUUCAAUAAGACUCAGAAGAUCAACAUUGAUGAGCAUCUAGAAGAGAGAAAAGCUCUAGAUGAUCUAAAUUAUUCAAAAAUAUGCAACAAAGACAUAAACAAAAGUUUGAAUAAGAACUCAAGCACUAACAAAUUUCGUCUAAUCUUGGGUAAGAAUGAUGAGAAAAUCUCUAAAUAUUCCUGCAUUGGUAGCAGUGGCUAUGAGAGAGGUAUUGGAAAACAUCUAGCUGACUACAAAGGGUAUAACAACAAGACACCUUCUCAUAACUCUAGAAUCACUCAGAAGACUAAAAGAAAGCAAAUUGAGGAUAAAAAUUCUCAUUUUGAAGCUGACUCUAAAAGAAAGAAUAAGGAAAACAGUCUCGAUGAGCAACCAAAUGAUGCUAAAAUGUGGAAGAAUCUAACCCAAAAAGAUAUUUUCAAAGGAGAGAAUACUAAACUUUCUGGGAUAUCUCCAUCCAGCACAAAGAACACCACCUCUCAUUUCUUGAGAUUUAACCUUGAGAAGUAUCAGAAUUAUGAUGAGCCAAACCUGGAGCUCCCUGAAGGUCUCAAAGAUUUAGAAGAUGAUGGCCUUGAAGUCCAAGAAUAUGAUGAGGUUAACGCUAAUAGUAUUGGUGAAGACCUGAGCACAGAAGAAAAUGGGUUGAAAUGCUUCACUAAAUCUAAAAUGGAGCUAUUCCAGACCAAUAUUAGAGAGUGCCAGUUCGGCAACAAGGUGAAAGCUUACAGAAUUCCCGAAGAACCUCAGCACAAACCUACUGAGAAGACGAUAUUGCUGAGCCAGGAAAGAGACGGCUAUAUUGAUUUGACAAAUGAAGAAGAGAAGAAUAUGACUUCGAAUAUCCGACAACUCAAAGAAAAGAUUGGUGAAUUUAUUGAUUCCUCGGGAGGUACUAAUGAUGCAGUUGAGCUUCUUCAGCAACCAGAACCCCAACAAGAUAUAUCUGCUGUCCCUGAAAUGCAAUCUUCUCACUUUCAUGUUGAUAACUCUGAAAACGAUCGGAAAGCAAUCAAGGACAAGUAUGUGCAUGAUGACUCUGAAAAUGAAACAAAGCGUAGACUUCGUGAACUUACAAACCUUGAGAAGAGAAUUAAUAAGAAGCCUGCACAUAUUGAUUACCCUUGAAAGCCAAAUCUGGUCCUCAGGAAGUUCACUCAACAACUCUCAGAUUACGAGAAGCAAGAGAUUCUUGACUACAAACGAGUCUGGUUUCUUGGGCUUGAGGCAGAUAAAAUCAGCGGGUCUCCUCUCAAGCAAUAUAAUUAUGGUUAUGAUGAUGACAAAGGUGAUUACAAAGUUGUCGUAAAAGACCAUAUUGGCUACAGAUUCGAAGUCAUCGAACCCUUAGGCAAAGGAAGUUUUGGUCAGGCCCUCAAAUGAUUUGACCAUCAUAAGAAAGAGCUAGUCGCCCUCAAGGUUAUUAGGAGCAAGAAGAAGUUCCAGUAUCAAGCAGGUGUGGAAGUGAAUAUACUCAAACAUUUACGAGAGAAGGAUCCCAAUGACGACAAUAAUAUUAUCAAGAUAAAGGACUACAUAAUAUUUCGGAAGCACCUCUGAAUCUCUUUUGAACUGCUAAGCAUUGAUCUCUAUGAGUUUAUCAAAAAUAAUAAUUUCAGAGGAGUUUCACUAGGGCUCAUAAGGAGAUUUGCGAUACAAAUUUUGCAAGCGCUUAGGUUCACAAAGCAGGAGAAUAUCAUUCAUUGUGAUUUAAAACCAGAAAAUAUACUCCUCAAGAAUAUCAACAAAUCUGGAAUAAAGCUAAUUGACUUCGGAAGCAGUUGAUUUGAAGAGCAAAGAGUGUAUACCUACAUCCAAUCAAGGUUUUAUAGAGCUCCUGAGAUCAUUCUCGGCAUUCCUUAUACUCCAGCGAUUGAUAUGUGGAGCUUCGGGUGCAUUCUAGCUGAACUAUACAGCGGUUUCCCAUUAUUCCCUGGUGAGAGUGAGCAGGACCAGCUUGGUUAUAUCAUGGAGGUUUGUGGAAUGCCUCCUGAUCAUAUCCUAAAACAAGCCACAAGAGGCCAAUUGUUCUUUAGUGAAGACUUCAGCCCAAUCCUAAAGCCAAAUUCGAGAGGAAAAGUUCGUAAGCCUUAUACUAAAAGUCUUUCGAAUAUUCUUGAAUGAUAUAAGGAUAAAAAGUUUCUAAAAUUUCUUAAAUCCUGCUUUGCAUGGGACCCUAAAGAGAGAAUCUCUCCCUCAGAAGCUCUAAUGCAUGAUUGGAUCUUAGAAGGGUUGCCUCCUAAGGUCUUAUCCCAGCAUAAGAAGAUGUUGGGAGCUGAGACCUCUUCUUAUAACAAAUCUCAUCGAAACCAAAGAAAGGAAUCUUCAAACAAUUUUGAAGAGUAA